UUCUCCGUCGCCGGUGAUUUCUACUUCUGGUACUAUUUUGCAAUUUAACAAUUUAUAAAUCAGUCCCUACACAAGUUUAUUUUAUGGUUUCACCCACUUCGGUGCCCCUUACGUUUUCUUGUUCCACUCCGACAACAACAAUAACAACGACCGCCUUUGAGCUUCAUUCACAAAUCCCAUGAUGACAAUGUUACUGAGAAGAAGAACAACCUCGUAUUUCCGAAACCUCACAACAGAAACAACAACCCAACAAGGUGGUUGUGAUAAAGAUCAAAACUUUACUCAAAUUCUCAAUGAAAUUUGCACAAUUACUCGAACUAAACCACGUUGGGAGAAAACCCUUUUAUCACAAUACCCAUUUUUCAAUUUCUCAAACCCUAAUUUCUUCCUCCUUUAUCACAAUCAUCAGAAAAAUUCAUUCCUUUCCCUUCGUUUCCUUCACUGGCUCACUUCACAUUGUGGCUUCUCACCUGAUCAGUCUUCAUGUGAUGUUCUUUUUGAUGCUCUUGUUGAUGCUGGUGCUUGCAAAGCUGCUAAAUCAUUGCUUGAUUAUCCUCAUUUCACUCCAAAGAAUGCUUCUUUGGAGUCUUACAUUCGAUGUCUUAGCAAUGGUGGAAUGGUUGAGGAAGCAUUUGAUGUGUUUGUUAGUUUGAAAAAGGUUGGAUUUUUACCAUCUGUGUCUACUUUUAAUGUGUCUUUGUUAGCUUGUUUGAAAGUUGGUAGGACUGAUUUGGUUUGGAAAUUGUAUGAACAUAUGCUUGAAUCUGGUGUUUUAGCUAGUUAUGAUGUUGAAACUGUUGGGUAUCUUAUUAAGGCGUUUUGUGCCGAAAAUGAAGUUUUUGAUGGGUAUCGACUUCUUAGACAGGUUUUGGAGGAGGGUUUGUGUCCUGAUAACACGGUUUUUAACUCGCUUAUAACUGGUUUUUGUAAGGAGGGAGAGUAUACUAGAGUUUCUGAGAUUCUUCAUAUUAUGAUUUCCAUGAAGUGUAAUCCUAGUAUCUAUACUUAUCAAGAAAUUAUUAAUGGACUCUUCAAGAGGAAGAAUGCUGAGGGUUUUAGAGUUUUUAAUGAUCUCAAAGAUAGAGGGUAUUUUCCAGAUAAUGUUAUGUAUACAACAGUGAUCAAAGGUCUUUGUGAUAUAGGGUUGUUUGGUGAGGCCAGGAAGUUGUGGUUUGAGAUGAUUCAUAAAGGACUUGUGCCGAAUGAGCACACCUAUAAUGUAAUGAUAUAUGGUUAUUGUAAGAUUGGUGAUUUCGUUGAGGCAAGGAAGCUCUAUGAGGAGAUGUGUGGUAGAGGUUAUGCAGAAAGCGUGGUUAGUUACACAACAAUGAUUUCGGGUCUAUGUUUACAUGGAAAGACUGAUGAAGCUCUGAGCUUGUUUCAUGAAAUGUCUCGAAAGGGCAUUGCUCGUGAUUUGAUCAGUUACAACUCUCUAAUCAAUGGCCUUUGCCAGAAAGGUGAGCUAGUUAAGGCUACUGAUUUGUUGCAUGAACUUCUCGCACAGGGUUUAGAACCAUCAGUUUCUUCAUUUACUCCUCUCAUAAAAAGACUUUGUGAAGUCGGUGACAUUGAGGGUGCAAAGAGAUUGUUGAAAGAUAUGCAUGAUAGGCAUUUGGAACCAAUUGCUACUACGCAUGAUUAUAUUAUUAUUGGGUUAUGUAAAGAAGGAAAUCUUACAGAAAGUAUGGAAUGGUUGCUAGACAUGCUGAGUUGGAAGCUGAAACCCAAGGAGCAAACAUUUGAGCAUCUGAUUGACAGUCUAACACAAGAAGAUAGGUUAGAUGAUAUUUUGAUUGUCUUAGAUUUAAUGUUUAGAGAAGGAUAUAGACUCAAAGAAAGCAUAAUUCAUUCUUUGGUCAGUAAACUUAGCAAAGAGAAUUUCCAUUUUCCUAAUUUACUUUUGGAGGAGCUCGUAUAAAGAAAUUGAUAUAAUUGAUUAUAUUGUUUGUAUCUUCCAUGUACUCUUACCAAUAAAAUGAUGAUUUUUUUGUUUUUUUGGAA